AGUUCCUGGGGCCGUGGCACUCGGUGGCGGUGACAGUUGCCGGCUAUUUUGGGAGCUGAAGAGGCUCUGUGCUGUAAGGCCUACUCUGCAGUCCCAGGGUGAACUCUGGCACCCAUCAGCCGUCAGCCACCCCGCCUUCGACAGAGAGAGUGCAGCGUCCGUACAGUAGGCAGCUCACAGCUCUGCCCCCCUGUGUUUGCUAAACUCAAGUCUCUUCCUUGGAGAGAGCUUGUCGUUGCCAAGGAGAUGUGACAUGCUCAUUUCAGGAAGCCUCAAGCAACUACCUGGCAGUGUUUCUGGUAGCUCUCUGGACUAAUAACUAAAUAAUAACGAAAUAGUGUCUCCUUUUCUUCAGGAGCUUAGAACAGGUUGUUACUUUGUUAAUAUUCUGUGUCUUUAGGAUGCACAGUGGAAGGAAAUGGACGGGAACCACAGCAGAAGGCGUUGGGUUAAAUGUAAAGACUCAUCUCCCAUUGAUGUCCUGAGGAACGUCAGACACUCGUGUGGCCUCCUUUGCCUGCUCAGGGAAAGGGAAGACCCACCCACCUGGUUGGCCAGUGUAGCUCUGCGGGAGGCAGGGUGCUGGGCGCACCCGCUGUGCCUCCUCCGCGGCUGAGUCAGCACAGCUCCAGAGGCUCACGUGGGGAGAGGGCGUCUGAAUGCUGUGGUCACUGGGCAGGUUUUCAGGGAUGUGCCCUCUCCUCCAUGGCUUCAGCCUGUGCCCUCUGGAGGCAACAGAAAAGAGGAAAGAACAGCGGCAGCCACACCUCCCCGAGGAGCUGGGCUGGGACCUGUGUGACUCUCCUUUAAAAUUCAUGAGCAGGUCCGAGGUUUACAGUGUGCCCUCUUUUUGUAAUAUGGCGACGUAACAGGUCACCCGCUCAGAGUACUUGAGAACCUUGCUCGCAGCCAGUCCUGUUAGCUGUGGAAAUGAGGGCGAGUCUCUCUGUGCCUGUCCCCACUGAGACCCUGAGGCAUGGAGGCGACUCGGGGUCCGUCCCAGAUCGCAGAGCUGUGUCGUGCUCUGGACAGCUUCCUGCAGGAGUGGGAAUGAGCCAUCGGAACUGCUGCCCGUCAGCUUCCCAGGCGUGUCCACAUGCAGCAGGGCCGUGAGUGAGCGAUGGGCUUCUCUCUGCAGGCCUGUAUUGAUGAAAACCUGGACAUGGUGAAGUUCCUGGUGGAGAGCAGAGCCGACGUGAACCGGCAGGACAACGAGGGCUGGACGCCCCUGCACGCAGCAGCCUCCUGCGGCCAUCUCAACAUCGCAGAGUACUUCCUUAGCCAUGGCGCCAACGUGGGCAUCGUCAACAGCGAAGGGGAGGUCCCGUCCGACCUUGCAGAGGAGCUGGCCGUGAAGGACCUUCUUCUGGAGCAUGUGAAGCAGCAAGGGGUCGACCUCGAGCAGGCACGGAAGGAGGAAGAGCAGCGGAUGCUUCAGGACUCAAGGCAGUGGCUCAACAGUGGGAAGAUAGAGGACACCAGGCAGGCUCGCUCGGGGGCCACCGCCCUGCACGUGGCUGCUGCCAAGGGCUACUCCGAGGUCCUCAGACUGUUAAUUCAGGCUGGCUAUGACCUGGACGUGCAGGACCACGACGGCUGGACACCCCUCCAUGCCGCUGCGCACUGGGGGGUGAAGGAGGCAUGCUCCAUCCUGGCAGAGGCCCUCUGCGACAUGGACAUCAGGAACAAGCUGGGCCAGACACCAUUUGAUGUGGCUGACGAGGGCCUUGUGGAGCACCUGGAGAUGCUCCAGAAGAAGCAGAGUGUGCUUCGAAGUGAAAAGGAGACACGGAAUAAGCUCAUUGAGUCGGACCUGAACAGCAGAUUACAGAGCGGACUCUUCAAGAACAAAGAAAAGAUGCUCUACGAGGAGGAGACACCCGAAUCCCACGAAGCGGAGGAAGGAAACAAGGCGUCCAGCAGCUCCAGCUCGGAGGAGGAGGGUGAAGACGAGGCAUCCGAGUCUGAGACUGAGAAGGAGGCAGAUCAAAAGCCAGAGGCCGUUGUCAACCAUUCCAACUCAGAAAGCAAGGGCCGUAUCAUGGAGCAGACACCAGCACCAGCUCAGAAUACCUCCUCAGCCCGGAGGAUCGCCAGCCUUUUUAACCAGCUGGAGGAGCCCAAGGACGAGUCUCCUUCUUCAUGGCGCCUGGGACUCAGAAAGACCGGCAGCCACAACAUGCUGAGUGCGGUGGCCGACACCCGGGAAGCUGCGAGGGACCGGGGCUCCGCCCUCUCCCGCUCUGCGUCCAGUCCUCGCAUCUCCGCUCUGCUGGACAACAGAGACAAGGAAAGAGAAAACAAAAGCUAUUUUAGCUCCCUGGCGCCCCGGAGGCUCAGCAGCACAAGUGACGCUGAAGAGAAAGAGAACAGAGAAUCAGCUGUAAACCUGGUGAGGAGCGGCUCAUACACACGGCAGCUGCGGAGGGACGAAGCCAAGGGGAGUGAGACUCCGCAGACCAUUGCCCCUUCCACUUAUGUGUCCACCUACCUGAAAAGGACUCCUCACAAGUCCCCGGCCGACUCCACAGCAGAGAAAGACAGCGUCUCUCCGAGCACCCCUCUGUGUGUGAUCACCAACCGCCCCCCGCCCAGCACUGCCAACGGGGUCACAGGUGCCCCUCUGCUGUCCACGCCUGGGACGGACUCCUCCGUGGAAGCCAGGGAGAGACGGAGGUCGUAUCUGACUCCUGUCCGAGAUGAGGAGGCCGAGUCUCUACGGAAAGCACGCUCCAGGCAAGCUCGACAGACCCGGAGGUCAACGCAGGGAGUGACCCUGACAGACCUGCAGGAGGCAGAGAGGACCUUCAGCCGGUCACGGGCAGAGCGGCAGGCUCAGGACCAGCCUGGCCAGAAGCCGGUGGGCACCGAAGGGCUGGAGGGCCGAGUGGAGAGGCAGGAGCCCUCUGCAGUCCCUGCAAAGGAUGCGGGAGAGGGCCGCCAGCCCUGGGGCCAGGGUCCGGAUGAAGAGCCUGCCUAUCGUCGCCUGAGGAGUGCAGCCCAGCCAGACAAGCCCACCUCAGCCGUGCCCCCUUCCACACCAAGACCCGCCCUCUACACCAGCUCCCACCUGCUGCGGACAGGCAAACCCUCAGCCCCCGACGACACUGAGAGCUCAGAGACAAAGGAAAUGGACAGAGAUGAGAGUGAGGAGGCUGGUGUGGACGACUCGGCCUCUGGCGGGCUGUCCGUCCGUGAGAGGAGGCGGCCCCGGGAGCGGCGGAGGGGAACAGGCAUCAACUUCUGGACAAAGGACGAAGACGAAGCCGAUGGCUCUGAAGAGGUGAGAGAGUCGCAGCACGAAAGACUUUCUAGGUUAGAGUCUGGAGGUAGUAACCCUACGACCAGUGACGCCUACAGUGAGCGGGCCUCAGCAAGAGCGCGCCGGGAGGCCCGGGAGGCCCGCCUGGCCAGCCUGACCAGCCGCGGCGACGGGGACAGCAGCAGGGACUAUAAGAAGCUCUACGAGAGCGCCCUGACCGAAAACCAGAAACUGAAGACCAAGCUGCAGGAGGCCCAGCUGGAGCUGGCAGAUGUCAAGUCUAGACUGGAGAAGGUGGCCCAGAAACAGGAGAAGACACCCGACAGGUCCUCGAUGCUGGAGGUGGAGAAGCGGGAGAGGCGUGCCCUGGAGCGGAAGAUGUCAGAGAUGGAGGAGGAGAUGAAGAACCUCCACCAGCUAAAACAGAUCCAAACCCUGAAGCAGAUGAAUGAGCAGCUGCAGGCUGAGAACAGGGCCCUGGCCCGCGUGGUGGCCCGGCUCUCGGCGUCCAUGGAGUCCUCGCAGUCCCAGGAGCUCUAGCUCCCUCCUCCACCUCACUUCCC